AUGGUCAAUGUGUUUCCCGAGGAGUUACAGCAGGAUGUUAACUGCAUGGGAGCCCAGUUUUCGUACAAGCAAGGUGCUUUCAACCAAGGCAGUUUCAGCCAAGAUGAGUGCAAAGCUAUUCUAACAAGCCAUAAAAGGAAGGCAGACUGGGAGCCAAUUGAUUUUGAAAACAAUGAAAAAGGAUAUGAGGAGAUGAUGGAUGUUAAUGACGUCAAUAAGAAAGGAAGCAGUGAAGAUGAAAUUGAACUCGCCGAUGAAGAAGAGGAUCCUGAAGAAGAUAUUGUUGAGCCAGAAAAGGAAGAAAGAAUUGAACUCACUGAUGAAGAAGAGGAUCCUGAAGAAGACGUUAUUGAGCCAGAAAAGAAAGAGGGAGUUGAAUUAACUAAAGAAGAAGAGGAGUUUGUAGAUCGACCUCAAAAGACAAAGCACCCACCUAAAGUAGAAGAUCCAGGAUGUUUAACAAUCUCCUGUGUUCUGAAUGAGUGUGAUGUGGGGGAAGCCAUGAUAGACUCUGGAGCUAGCAUUAAUAUGUUACCCAAGCAUUUCUUAACAAAGUUCAGAGGACUAGUGCUGAAACCAUCUAAUGUUAUUGUGACGAUAGCAGAUGGAUCCAUGGCAAAAUCAAUUGGUAUGGUGGAGGAUGUAAUUGUGCGAGUGGAGAAACUUGAGUUCUUAGUUGAUUUUAUCGUCAUGGAUGUGGACAAUGAUGAAGAGAUUCCUGAGGAGGUCAGAAUGAUAAGGAGAGUCGGACAUAAGAAGCCUGAAAGAGAAGCUGCUUCUGAAGAUAGAACAUCAGAGGAGUGUAAGGUUGUUGUAACAAAGAGCAAGAGAAAAGCAGAGGAGGAAGCUAUUGAGAUAGAAAGUAAUGAGGAAGAAGAUGAAGAGAUGAGUGAGAAUGUGGAGAGUGAAAGCAGUGAGGGAGAUGAAGAAGAAGAGAGGUUGGAAAAAAAUGUUGAAAGUGAGGAAAGAGAAAGUCACUAUGAGCCAUUUAGAGAAAUCUUUAACGAGGUGACUGUUGUUCCUUUAACUUAA